AUGAGGGAACAGCGGUUAUCAUGUGCCUACGAGUUCAUGAGGGAAAUGUUGCGCCACAUGGACGUCACGCUGGAUUUCUGCGAGCAAAAGAGGCUCACAGCGAUCAAUGGCGACGUUUGUUCCGAGCGCUUCGAAAUCGUUCCACUGCCCGAAGCUCGCAGUGUCAAGCGCGUUUUCGAUGCCUUGGAGGCAUUCGUAUCCAACAUGGAGAUCAGCAUGUCCGAGGUGGAUGGCGACAUUACCAUUCGGGAGAACGACGAGCCUCAAUUAUCACUUAAUGCCCCAGUGGCGCAGCAUCGGUUCGUGACAACCGUCGCGAACAUGGUGCAGAUGGACACGAACAACGCUGCGUUUGCAGAGUAUCGGCCACCGGGACCUGGAGUGGAGGAGAUCGGGUUCUCAAUUAAUGACCCUAUCGACGAGGACGAACUCUACCCUUACAGACCGGACACUAGAGUACGCCAAGACGUCACGGUAAUCAUUAUGGUAUCGAGACACCGUGACAAAGACGGCAAGCCUCUAAUUGUAUUUUCGCGCUGGUGGUCGCUGUGUUUGCGGAAAUCUCAUAUCCACGUCCCCAAAUUCAUAGCCGACCGGAUCCGGAACGGCCUCGAGAGCGUCUCCGCCUCCAUGCUGGCUGCUGCAGAGCGCGCAGACGCUAGGGGCUCAGUUAUCUAACAGUAUAAGUCGUCAAAUUGGCAUGUGAACUCUAGAUUUCCU